CUGUCUGCUACACACACGCAGAGCAAGUAGCUUCAGGGUAGUUGGGCUACUGUUGCGUUCACUGGGCUGCACGCUUUGGCACACAAAAUGGCUUGUGGAGUUCAUUUGGGGAUCUUUCUGAUUUGCUUAGUUCAAGCAGAGCAUGUACGCUGUUCAUGGGCUACACAAGCUCAGGGACAAAACAGCAACACAUAUGUUGGCUUCUCGCAACAGGAUAGUGGACUAAGAAGACUUGGUGGCAGCUAUCUCCAGAAUCAAUUCAGACAGGCCUCUGUUGCUCCAGGCUCAGCCCAAAGCAGUAGCUUCAACACGGACACUGGUUACAGGCAGGGACUUUCCAGUAGUGGUUACACACAUAGUGUUUCACAGCCAGUUCAAAGCGGCUAUACUUCAGUCAGGUUAGUGCAGAGCAGCUCAGUGUCAAAACCCAACUGGAGAACGACAAGCUUGAAUCAGUUAAAUGCUCAAAAGGUGCCCAAAAACCAGUUUGACCUUUCUGCUCCUAUUUCAAGUGGUGGUUCUGUCAGUAAAUUCAGUGUUAAAAAGCAGAAUGAUCCUACUGUCGGCAAGAGCAGAACUUGGCCAGUUAAGCAGGGUAUACAGCGUACUAACCAGUAUCUGUCCAGCAGUUCUGCAUCCAUUCUGGGUCCUAGGGAAAGCUACUCCUUCAGGCCAGCCUCCCACCAGUCUGCAGCACAGAAACCUCCCAGCACUGCUUUCGCAACACCAGCAUACUAUGGGCAAAGUUCAUCCAUGCUAAAUCAAAAGCAUGCUCCGAGAGGCUUCUCUCACAAGUCUUCCCACUUGUUCAGCCCAAGAGCACCUGCACCUGCAUCACAGCGCAAAUAUGUUCAGAUGCAAACAUCAGCCAGUGCCCCUGCUAGAAGAUCUUCAAGUCGCAGCUCUAAAGCAUCUAAAAAGCCUUCCAGUUUCUCAUAUUCUCAGAAUGAGAGGACUCGACACAACCCUAGCCAGACUGAGGCUGGAAACCCAUACAAUACCUACAAGCCUACUUCCAACAGGGCCUCAAGUCACAGUCUGAAGGCACCUACAAGCAGCAGAACUGGAACCUCUGCUCAGAACUUCGCCCCGACUGAAAUUCACAGCAUCCCUCAACGUUUCGGUGGCUUUGCUAUUAGACGGCUAAAAGAGCCUGACCAGAAGGAAGUAAGUGUCCAGAAGCCACAGCAGACCUACACAGCUCCCUCACAACAGCUGGCAUCUUACAAGCCACCGGUCCCAAGUGUUCAUCAGGAGAGCAAAUGGAAGAGGGUCAGGCCACAUUUAGGACAACUCACAGGUGCAGCAGGUGUCCUUGGAUGAACGUGUUUUGAAAAACUUAUUAAACUUAAAUCCUAUCUUGUGUUAA